AUGGACCGGACACACCGAUGCCAAGCUGCUGGGUCGCGCCGGCGAAUGGUCUCGAACUGCUGUCAGCAGUCAAUCAAUGGCAAUCAAGAGAGCCCCGGUCCAGAUAGACCGAGAGCUAUCGAGGACCAGACACCUGCAGCUGACCCAACAUAG